AUUGUAAUCUUCCGUCACAUUCUUACGUGCUGGGCCUGAAAAAAAUCGGAAUGAACUCUCCUCGUUGUCGAUAUAAGAUUUUUAUAUACAUGGUCACGAAUACCAGAGGAAUAGGACGUAGUCAAUGUCAUGGCGAGAUCAAAUAUGGCAUCUCAUGAAAAAAUGAGACCUAGUUUUUACGCGACAACUUGAUCAAUAUCCAUCUAUGAUGAAGCUGCUCAUAGAUAAAAGAGACUUUAUCAAUAGUCAAAGGUAACGAUUCAACCACGGUGUGCUAUCGAUGGUAUAAGAGCUCCAUAACAGUAAUUUUUUUCGUUUUUGUGUGGCAAUCAUUUUCAUUCAUAUAAAAAAAAUUCUCCUACAAUGUUACAUUUAUAGAGUAUGAUAGUUCGCUUAAAUUUUCUCUGCACCUAACCUCCUAAGUACCCUAAUAAGUAUCGCGUGAUGAAAAUUUCUGUAUCAUAGUUCAAAGGAAAGUAACUUUUUAGUUCUUUCUAGCGUUAACGUGCACCGCAUUUCAAAAUCGUUAUUGCUUGUUUUAUUGUGGCUCCAUCGCUUUCAGUCUCCACUAUAAUCUUGUGUACCAUUGAGAGGUAAGUAUCUUUUCUCAAAUUUUAGUCGCUGUUGUCUAUUAUGUUUUGGUGAAUAAGAUCAAUAAAAAAUCCUUGUCAUAUUGAGGAUUAGUAUCUCGAACAGUAAACAGCACGUGAACACGAAGUUUAAUACUGCAACAGCACGAAGUUUAGUGAUAAAACUAAAAAUGAUUUUUUUCAAAACAAUAAAGUUGUGUUUAUAUUUGUAUGCUAAAAUUAUUAUCAACACUUUUAAAAAGACCAACAAGUUUAAAGUCAUAUAUGUCAAAGGCCGAAACUUUUGGCAAGUAGUGGUUCCAAAAUAUACUCUCUUUAACGAGACCUUUCAAUGAGCUAAUGAUUUUAAUGGAAGUUUCCUUUUGAUUCUGUCCUUGUUCGUGAACAGCAAAAAUUCCCAUUUUUUUCUAGGAGAUGGAACUCCAGAUCGCAGAAGUUAUUCACUUGAACAUUUACCUCUUAGGAUUGUUAAUCCUUAUUUUGGCGCUGAUAAUAAUCGCUUCUCAAAUGAAGAAUAGUAAAAUUAACAGAUUUAUGGCGUCAGUACCUGGGCCUGUUAGUUUCCCACUCAUUGGCUCUGCCUUUCAUCUCAUAAAUCUCGAUAGCACAAAUCUUCCUGAUUUUCUGAGGAAACAGCUGAGACAAUAUCCAAGAAUCGCUGGCUAUUGGGCAGCAGGUAAAGCGUACGUGUAUACGGGUGAUCGAAAGAUUCUGAAUACUAUUUUUUGCAGUAUUCAAAACACCCAUAAACCAACUCAUUACGCCCUCUUUCACGAUCUUGGGGAUGGAAUAUUCUCUAGUAACGGAGCUGAGUGGCGCCAGACGAGAAAACAGAUAAAUCCAAGCUUUAGGACGGAAAUUUUACAAACGUUUAGUGAUUCUUUUAGUUAUCAUACUAAAGUUUUUCUGGAUAACUUACAGCAAAAUGCAAACACAGGGAGCUGCGUGGAUUUGUUUACUCACCUCCAUACGUGCACCUUUGAUUUAGUUUUUGAAAAUAUGCUUGGCUAUCGAAUGGACUUACAACGUAAGAACUUAACAUAUUUGUCAAAAGAUUUCACCGAAGCCGCGAAAAUGACAUUCGACAGGCUCUUCAAUCCAUUGUUUUGGUCUCCAUGGACUUACUAUAUCUCAGGAAAGCAAAAUAAAUUAGACAGAGUGGCACCCAGUUUGCGAAAUGCAACCAAAAAUAUCAUUGAUAUUCACAUGGAACGAAGAAGCAAAAAUGAGAAAAAUUCAGAUCUUGGAAAUUCUUCGAGGUUUAUGGAUAUUCUAUUGAACAACAUAGAAACGAAGCACAUGUCUGUGGGGAAGGCUGCUGAGGAAGCGGCUGAUUUGUCCAUCGGUGGGUCCAUCACCACCUCGAUGACCGUUGCAUGGGCACUCAAAAUCAUGGCAAUACGUCCAGAAAUUCAAAAUAAAGCGUAUCAAGAGGUGAUGGAAGUCAGUGAAGGCAAAGAAAUCAUGAUGCACGACCUAUCGAAGCUCUCGUACUUGGAAUCUGUGGUCAAGGAAACUUUGAGGCAUUACACGGUUCCAAUGGUCGGCCGUGAUAUUGUCGAGGAUAUACAACUUGACGAAAACGAGAUCUUACCCGCGGGGGUCCAGGUCAUUCUUGCGCUGUUUUGUUUACAUCAUAACCCUGAACUGUGGGAAAAGCCGGGUGCAUUCUAUCCAGAGCACUUCUCGCCUGAAAAUGAGGCCAAGCGGCCAAAGGGAUCUUUCCUUCCAUUCUUAACAGGCCCUAGAAGUUGCCCCGGCCAGAGUUACGCUAUGCAAUCAAUGAAAUGCUUGCUAGCCAACGCACUCUUACGAUACAAAUUUUCAUCAGACGAGACUUUGCCGGAGGACGUCAUGGAUGGAGAUUACAGCCUUCUCUACAUGCUGUUUCCGAAGUCUGGAUUUCAUGUGCGGGUGGAAAAUCGAUCUGCAUCAAAAACAAGAACAGAGGACCAAGAUUGCUCGAUUCUUGAGAUGAAGUCUUUGCCACAUUUUACGAGGAAGCACUUGGAAAGCAGUCAACCGCACUUUGAGACCAUCUUUGAAAAUGAUGCACUUAGACUUAGAAGUGUCUGAGAUUACAUCUUAAAAGUGCGAUUUUAGUAAGGCUGUAUCGCCGAAAGGCGGAGGAAACUUUAUAUCAGAGUUGAAACAAAUCAGAUGCUUAUAACAGAUUUGAGCCCAAGGCAAAAAGGGUUUAAAAAAUAGCUAGAGAAUUGAUUACUCAUCUAAAAUUAUUAUUAUCAAUUUUAGGCCAAAAUAUUUCUGAUCCGACCCGAAAUCUCGCGAAUUCAAGAAAAAUCUGUAGAUUCAAUCAGAAAAUACGCAUUUACGUG